UGGUGCUCCAUGGAGAGUCACGCUGUUGCCAGGUCUAUUCGCUGGAGUAAGCGAGCAUACAGAGACCGUCCGAUUUGCUAUUAAUGACGUCUGAUGUAAACAGCUCCAAUUUUGGUGUGCGAGAAGAUUGAAAGUACGAAGAAUGAAGCGGAAAGAGCUGGAGAGCUGCCUUCAGCAAGUCGAUGUUUUUGAAAAGCCUAAAUUGCUGCUAGAACAGUAUCCGACGAGACCUCACAUCGCAGCUUGUAUGCUUUACACAAUUCACAAUUCCUUUGAUGAUAUUGAAGAUAAACUGGUGGCCGAUUUGGGUUGCGGUUGUGGAGUUCUUAGUGUUGGAGCUGCUGUAUUAGGUGCCGGACUCUGUGUGGGAUUCGAUAUCGAUGAGGAUGCCCUAGAGAUAUGUAGCAGGAACAUUGAAGAAUUUGACCUUAAAAAUACAGACACUAUCCAGUGUGAUGUUUGUGCACUCGUACCAGAGAGAUUCUCAAACAAGUUUGACACUGUAAUAAUGAAUCCCCCAUUUGGAACCAAGCACAAUAAAGGUAUGGACAUGCAGUUUCUCAAGAUGGCUUUAAGUAUGUCUCAGACGGCCGUGUAUUCCCUUCACAAAUCAUCAACACGAGAGCAUAUACAGAAAAAAGCAGAUGACUGGAAUGUAAAAAUGGAAGUAAUAGCAGAGCUGAAAUAUGAUUUACCAGCCUCCUACAAAUUCCACAAGAAAACCUCGGUUGACAUUGAAGUGGAUUUCAUACGCUUUUGUUUAAAAUAAAAGAAUGCAGUUAAUAUACAAUUAAAUGAAAUAAGUACCGCUUCA